AUGAAGACAUUAGGAGAAUUUCUCAAUCAGAAGAUUGAUUCGAAUCAAGCAUCGAUUAACCAACGACUCGAUGAGCUACUCGCCCGUCUUCCAUCUACCUCGAAAUCUGCUAAACCAAAGGAUUCAGGUGGAUCCAUUAAUGAUGCUCAGAUCGAUAAUCUUCCACUCUUUGGCUUAAUUUCACCAGGAGAGACUCAAUAUCAACUUAAUCGAGUACCCAAGCUUAAUUUCCCGAGAUUUAAUGGCGACAAUCCUCGUGGUUGGAUCCAGAAAUGUGAACGUUACUUUUGGUUACACAACAUCGAUGAGAGUCGCCGAGUAGAUAUUGCAGCUAUCUAUCUUGAUGGAAAGGCCGAUAAAUGGUUUCUCAAUUUUCAGGUUGGUCGAAAUCGUGUAACUUGGUUUGAAUUUACUCAUGGAAUUUGUAUCAGAUUUGAGAACCCUGUUGAAGAAAAUUUUAUUGGGAGUUUUAAUAAGCUAGUACAGAUUAACUCUGUAGAGGAAUAUUUUGAAGAAUUUGAGUCUCUCAAAGCUCUUAUGCUUGCUAACAAUCCUUCCCUAAGUGAGCACUAUUUUAUCAUCAGUUUCAUCAGUGGGUUGAAGGAAGAAUUACAAAAUUAUGUAGCUAUGUUUUACCCAAAAUCUCUUUCCAUAGCUUUCUCCUUAGCAAGAAUGGAGGAACAAAAGUGUCAUUCUGUUGCUGCCAAAAAUGUCUACCCCUACAACUCCAAAGUCGUACUCACCAACACCAUUAAACCUGCAUCAACUACUCCUAUUAUCAAACGCUUAACACAAGAGCAAAUGCGCCUUCGCAGGGAUAAAGGUCUUUGUUAUAAUUGUAAUGAGAUAUAUUCAUUGGGUCAUAAGUGCAAGGGUAAACAUCAAUUGUUCAUGGUGCAAACUGAAAGUUCUGAUAUACAGGACAUAGAUGUUGAGGAUGAGGUUUUCGAAGAAGCCGUAGAAUCACCAGUUGAUUUUGACAUGGAGAUUUCUCUUCAUGCUCUCACUGGUACUACCACAGCUGCUAAACUCAAAUGCAAAGUGGAACACACAUCUCAUAUGUUAGUCACAGUUGUCAAUGGGGAGAAAACUGGUUAUCAAUUCUUUGAGGACUUCAGGUUACUUCCACUAGGGGGCUGUGAUAUGGUGCUAGGUGCUGAUUGGCUUAAUAAGCUAGGUGAUGUUAUGUUUAAUUUCUCUAAGCUCAGUGUUUCUUUUGCUCAUCAUGGUCCUAACAUUACAUUGCAAAGAAUUACAAAUUCACCUUCCCUACUCAUGAUGAGUGGUUCAGAUAUUUUUGAUGAGCCUACUUCAUUACCUCCUCAUAGAACCUUGGACCACUCUAUUCCAUUAAAACCAGACUCUCAACCUCCAAACCAAAGGCCUUAUAGAUGCCCUUACAUUCAAAAAGGAGUUGUGGAACAACUGGUGAAAGAAAUGUUAUCAUCAAAUUCUUCUGACCCCAUGGAUAUCUACAAGACUGCAUUUAGAACUCAUCAUGGCCAUUAUGAGUUCAAAGUCAUGCCAUUUGGUUUAACCAAUGCACCUGCAACAUUUCAAACACUUAUGAAUGAAGUCUUUGGUCCUUACUUGAGGAAGUUUGUUUUUGUAUUCUUUGAUGAUAUUCUGGUUUACGGUUCAUCCAUGUCUGAGCACAUUGAGCAUUUGAGAAUAGUUUUUUCCUUACUCAGACAACACAAGUUAUAUGCUAAACUUUCAAAGUGUUGUUUUGGUCAAUCGCAGUUGGAUUACUUGGGCCACAUUAUCACUCCUGCUGGGGUUUGUGUUGAUCCAGACAAAAUUGUAGCAAUACAAAAUUGGCCAAUUCCAACUUCUAUCAAAGAACUGAGAGGGUUUCUGGGUUUAACAAGAUAUUAUAGGAAAUUUGUGAAGAACGAUGGUGCUAUUUGCAAGCCUCUUACUGAUCUUUUGAGGAAAAACUCCUUCAAUUGGAAUGCAGUUUCCACCUCUGCAUUUGAGCAACUCAAGCUGGCCAUGUCCUCCACUCCAGUGCUUGCAUUACCAGAUUUUUCUAAGCCAUUCACUGUUGAAAGUGAUGCCACUGAGCAUUGUCUUGGUGCUGUCUUAAGUCAAGAAGGUAAACCUAUUUCAUUUUUCAGUUCCCCCUUAGGGCCAAGAGCUAGAGCCUUUUCUACCUAUGAAAAAGAAUUUUUGGCUAUAGUUAAGGCUGUACAAAAAUGGAGGCAUUAUUUGUUGGGGAUCAAAUUCAUCAUCCAAACUGAUCAUCACAGCAUUAGAUACUUUUUGGAACAAAAUAUCACCACAGUUUUACAACAAAAAUAG